GCACGAACUGGCACAACCGCUGGGCACUGACUGGUGGCACUGCUGGGCUGCACUGGUGGGUGGCACUGGUGGGCAGCACUGAUGGGUGGGCACAGGUGGGUGGCACUGCUGGGCACAGGUGGGUGGCACUGCUGGGCACAGGUGUGUGACACUGCAGAGUGGCACAGGUGGAUGCAUUGCUGGGCACAGGUGGGUGCGCUGCUGGGCACAGGUGGGCGGAGCUUGUGGGUGGCACUGCUGGGCACAGGUGGGCGAACUUGUAGGUGGCAAUGCUGGGCACCG